AUGGGGAAUUGCAACGCGUGUAUAAAAUCAGAUGUAAUCGGUUCAGACCGGAAAACAACCGACCCGAACCGGGGAAAAAAGGGAAGAAAAACCAAACCGAACCCAUACUCCGAGGAGUCGUUAAACUCAUCAGCAACGAUUCGUGUUCUGAAGGAUUCAAAUCCGCGAAAUCGAAUCGGAGACAAAUACGUAUUAGGCCGUGAGCUAGGUCGUGGCGAAUUCGGUAUAACGUAUCUAUGUACAGACAAAGAAACGAAGCAGGAGUUAGCUUGUAAGUCAAUUUCGAAGCGGAAGUUGAGGACGGCGGUGGAUGUUGAGGAUGUUCGGCGGGAGGCGGCGAUUAUGGCGACGUUGCCGGAGCAUCCUAAUAUUGUGAAGCUGAAGGCUACUUAUGAGGAUGAUGAGAAUGUUCAUCUUGUUAUGGAGUUGUGUGAGGGUGGUGAAUUGUUUGAUAGGAUUGUUGCGAGGGGGCAUUAUAGUGAACGUGCCGCUGCGAAUGUGGCGAGGACUAUUGCUGAAGUUGUUAGGAUGUGUCAUGCUAAUGGUGUUGUGCAUAGAGACCUUAAGCCGGAGAAUUUUCUUUUUGCUAAUAAGAAAGAAAAUUCUCCUCUUAAAGCUAUUGAUUUUGGCCUCUCCGUUUUCUUCAAGCCUGGGGAGAAAUUUUCGGAGAUUGUGGGGAGUCCUUACUAUAUGGCACCAGAGGUUUUGAAGAGGAAAUAUGGUCCAGAGGUUGAUAUAUGGAGUGCAGGGGUGAUUCUAUAUAUUUUGUUAUGCGGGGUGCCUCCGUUUUGGGCUGAGACCGAACAAGGGGUUGCUUUGGCGAUUUUGAGGGGAGUCAUUGACUUCAAGAGAGAGCCUUGGCCUCAGAUUUCUGACAGUGCCAAGAGCCUCGUGCGUCAGAUGUUGGAACCUGAUCCUAAAAUACGCUUGACUGCCGAACAGGUGCUUGAACAUCCUUGGCUACAAAAUGCAAAGAAAGCUUCGAAUGUUCCAUUAGGAGAUAUUGUGAGGACAAGGCUUAAGCAGUUCUCGUUGAUGAAUAGAUUCAAAAAGAGAGCUCUCCGGGUAAUUGCAGAACAUCUAUCUCUUGAAGAAGUAGAAAUAAUCAAAGACAUGUUUACAUUGAUGGACACUGAUAAAAAUGGCAGAGUAACAUAUGAGGAACUGAAAGCUGGUUUGCAGAAGGUUGGUUCGCAACUGGCCGAGCCAGAGAUAAAGUUGCUGAUGGACGUGGCUGAUGUUGAUGGGAAUGGAGUGCUUGAUUAUGGAGAGUUUGUAGCUGUAACGAUUCACUUGCAAAGAAUGGAGAAUGACGAACAUUUCCGCAAAGCAUUCAAGUUUUUUGACAAAGAUGAUAAUGGGUAUAUUGAGUUUAGUGAACUAGAAGCAGCAUUAGUUGAUGACAUAGGAGAAACUGAUACUAAUGUACUGAAUGAGAUCAUGCGAGAAGUUGACACUGACAAGGACGGUCGCAUCAGUUUUGAGGAAUUUGUGGCCAUGAUGAAGACAGGAACCGAUUGGAGAAAAGCAUCCAGGCAAUAUUCUAGGGAGAGAUUCAAGAGCCUGAGCAUAAACUUGAUGAAGGAUGGCUCACUUCAGCUUCAUGACGGGAUAAGUGGUCAAGCUGUUGUGGUUUAA